AUGAACUACACCUAUCUUCCCUCCUCGCCGUUCUCGCAAUCUCCGGUGAUCGUCAUGACAACCAAUCCGGCCUCGAAGAAGAUGAACAACCUCAUCACAAAUCCCAACGUGUCCCUACUAGUGCACGACUGGGUCUCGCACCGUCCUCCCACCUCUCAGCGCCGCAUGUCCGGCGGCUCGCCCGGGCCCGAGCACCGCUCCUCGCUCGCCUCGCUCCUGCUGAACCUCAACACUUCAGCGAUGUCCUCCAUCUCCGCAACAAUCAACGGCGCCGCGCGGCUCGUCGACGCCGGAAGCGACGAGGAGCAGUACUACCGGCAGCAGCACCUGGAGAACAACACCUUCGACAGCGAGGGCUCCUCAUUCGGGGCCAUGUUCCAGGGGAGUAGUCUCGGGAAUGGCAACGGAAACGUACAACAGCAACAGCAAGGCGAGGACGGCGGUCGCGGUUGUUUCGUCGCCGGCGAGGAGGUGAGAGUAAUCGUGGUGGGAAUUCAGGAUGUGCGGAUAGCAGAUUGGAAAGGAGGUGUUCGGGACUGGGUCAUUACGCCUGGCCAACAAGGCCAAGCCCAGGUGAACGGUGUCCCUUGA